AAAACAAGAGAUGGAGCUGAAAUCCUGUGGUAUCAUGCAGCAAACAGUAAAUUGCAAAUGACAGAGGCAAUACAAAUUUAGCAUCUGUGAAUCCUUCGAUGAAGCUUCUUGGGAAUAUAAAACUUAGCCAACCUGUUUGGAUUAAUGCAGACAUUCUUCCUGGACCAAAUGGAAACAAUUGUGCAGUAGAUGCAAAGGGUUUUCUGGACACAGUGACAUCAUUUUUUCCAAAUGUAACCUUAUCACUGGGAUGGACAACUGGGUGGAUUAAUCUAAAAUGCAAUAAAGGGUACACUUCAGCAAUGAUGCAAGAGAUGGCAGCUAUUUGUAACAACCUUAUUCAGCCAAUAACAUUCCCUGUAAGAGCUGCUUUGGUGCGCCAAUCAGUAUCUGAACUUCAGUGGUUAUUACAACAAUCAAACAGAUACACCUUGACCAUUUGGACAGGAAAAUGUGAUGACUACUCUGUAGAAGAUCUACACUUCAUCAGAAACUGUUUUGAUAAAACUAGAAUUUUUUAUGAUAUCGUAGAACCACAAAAGUCUGGAUUCAGAAAGGCCAUAGGAUUGGAAGUCCCACUAUGA